UGGCGCCACUCUGCCUGCCUUCCCGCCAUCUCGCGCUCGUCAGCCAGAGUUGGCUAUGGCCUACAGUUUCAAAGACGCUCUCUCUCUCUCAAUUGCUGGCCGUUGAAGGUUGCAUCAGUGCUUGCAGGUAUUGUGGGACGGAGAGAGUUGGUGUUAGGAUCUUGUAUCGUAGGACUUAAGCCUUUCUGGUUUCUGAAGGGGUUUUCAUUCUGUCGUGGAGUUGGAGCGCUUUUGGUGUGGACUCGGCUCUGUCGAGGAGUUGGAGCGCUUAUGGUGUGGACCCGGCUCUGUCGAGGUUUGAUGCCGCCCUAGGAAGUUAAAAGGUUGAUGUCCUUUUGAACUCUGAUGCAAUGUGCUGUGAGGAGCAUGCCUACGGAAAUCUCGAACAUCUGAGGUCUUGCCGAUCUAGAAGCAUUCAAAUCAGAUCGCUGCUGGUCUCCAGGUCCUCAAUCUAAGAACCUGCUGUCUCUCAUGACUAUUCUUGUGAAUCGUUGUGAAAUGGCACCUCCCGUUAAGGUUGAAGUUCCAAUAUCAGUAUCAUUACUGAACUCUUCGAACGAUGCUGACUUUUAUGUGGCGACCUUCAAAGAAGGUGAAAUUUGUAAAGUCUUGAACACGAGGAGAGGCUCAUCGUUAAAAUUUAAGAGAGUGUUAGACUUCAAUGACACAGUGAAGCUAGAGCAAAGAACGACACCUUCCCAUACGCGCGAUCAUUUGAGGUCCGGAUCUGGAAACGACGUACAGGAGGGUAAGCGCGAGAAGACACUCGCAGAAUUCGUACUUGAAUUGAAACGGAGGAAGAACAGGGGAUCUUUAGCAACUGUAAAAUGGAACCCUCCCGUGAUGGAACUGAUUCCGCCGGUAGACACUGUUACUUCUCUGGCGGAAGAAGUCGACGCUCCAGUGAGCGCGGUGAUACCUCCCUCGGGGGGAGAGGUUCCUCCUGUGGACAUGGUGGCUUCUCCUGUGGACGUAGUGAUUGCCCCCUCCAAGGAAGUGGUUGCUCCAGUGGAUGAGGCGAUCUCUGCUGCAGAGAUUCCUGUGACUCCCUUGAAGGCUAGGUCUUCCAAGGAUAGGAAGAGGAGAAGAAGUUCAAAUGAGCUGCAAUUAUGCUCCAAGCUCUUGGACACUCCUAGUAAGAAUUUGAACAGCCAAUAUGACAACGAAACCCGUCCAGGAAGUUUGAAAAAGUCCGCAAGCACUGUGGGCAGGGCGUCAAGCGACAACACUGGCAUCAAGGUCUUCCAGCGUCGCAAGGUUAAGUUCAAAGCUAUUAGGGCUCGCGUUACCGAGGCGAGAGCAGGUGGGGCAAAUGCGGGCUCCAACAGUGGAGUUCAGGAGUCUUCUACUGUGAUUCAGAUUUGUGACGAUCUGUGUCAAUGUGAGAAUUGUGAAUCAUAUGAUAGUGUUGUGCGAGAAUCAUUUGCCCUCCAGCCAACUGUGGACAUUCUUGCGGCACGGUCAAGUAUGGACAUGGCCAGGUCGGAUGGCCACGCUAUGCAGAGUUCUGCGAUUGAAAUAUCACAAUCAUCUAGCGUCGUCCGUAUGUAUCAUCCAGAGAAUACAAGCCCCACUGAAUCAAAUGACGUGACGCUGGAGAAGUUAUCACACCUAGAUCCUUCUGUGCAGGGCUUACCAACCCCUAGUACAUCUUGUAACUCUUCUCAAGUAUGCAUCCUCGAUCCAUCCACUCGGGAGAUUGCAAUUCAAGGCAUCAAUGACGUCAUUGAUGCCGCGUCAAAACACCUUGGUGGCGAGAUCGCACAAGAAUUGCCCUCCGACAUUGAGGGCGAGGAAACCCUAGACUCUUGUCUCUCCUGUAACUCUGAACAUUCACUAGCUGGUAGAGAUGACCAGUCUGUCCUCGCUCCUGAUGUGGGUCUAGUUCUACGUGCACCUAACGUGCUAAUGGAAGACGCUGUAAUAGCACCUGUAGAUAAUUCUUUGGUGGCUCCUAGGAAAGAGAACUCUUCUCUGGAGAGCUCGGAGAUCUCUGCCGACAUUAGGAUCGCAUCAUGUCAUUCGGAACCUCCCACUGGCAACUCUCAAUUUGCCGCAGUGAAUUUCGCAUCAACUGUUACUCCAACGGAACUUGAAAUGACAGAGGGCCGAAUUGAUGCCCUGCUAGAUUCUUUAGCGACACCAGAUGAUUUACUGCCGAAUCACCUCUCUGGUACAGCCCUAGGAGUCUCGAAGACCUCGAAGAAAAAGAAAAGAAAGAGAAGAAGUUUUACGGAAGAUAUGGCUCUCGAUAUGCUGGUAGGUAUGGAUGAUACAAUGUACGUUCUUAAUGUGCCCGACUUUUCCCCGAAGCACCAGGAGGUCUUGAAUGCACCAUUUCCUUUGAGUGUUCCGCAGUCAGGCCUGGACUUUGUCCCAAGCUCCACAAAGGACCUCGUGGGGAAAUACUUAUUGUCUCGCAUUACUACCCGCAGUGAGACGUGUGUAUCAGACACUUUCAACGAAGUCAACCUCACUCCCCAGCCCCAUGGUCUUGCCCCUGAAGCAAAAUUGGGCUCACAUUCUGGCGAUGAAGACGCUCUUAGGGUCCAGGAAAAUAUCCUCCCUACUGCUGAAGAGAAUCGCUCUAGUGAGAGUAAUAGCCCCAAGGCAGACAGUCUGGCGGAUGUAUCAGAGUCACCAACCAAGUCUUCCUGCCCCAAAGAAGUUUCUGGGGUUGUUCUCGAAGGAGAUGCCAAUGAUGCCAGUGAUACUGUUUCGACUCCCAAAGGAGUUUUGUUUAGCAACUUGAAGACCGACAGUCUCAGCAAGCGAAAUCGAAAGACCUUCUCUCCUAAUUCUCGGCUGAAACUCAUCGAAGCUAGUCGACCUGACUCAGCAAGGAAGUCCUCUAUUCAGCUGAAGAUUAAAAAGAUGAAGUCUAAUUUAAGCGAGGCAUGUCCAAGCAAGACGGUAUGUCGGAAAAUAGACUUGAGCGAGAAUUGUACGCCUCAAGUUCUAAGCCCAUCCAAUGAUGACAUCCCUGCUUCAAAUGAAGUUCAGGAAGUGAUGCGCUGCGGUGUGGAGCACAUUGAGCAAGACACUAUAUCCGUGCAGCAUACCUCCUCUUUGCCUCCAGUAACUACUGAGGUUGACUCAAGUACGUUGAGUCCUGCUUCUACUGAACCUUCGUCCGGCACUGUAACUCGCAUUGUGGCAGGUUCUCCUGAACAUAAGAAGCCCUCCGCACGGAGGCACAGCCCCAAUGCUGAUUGUACUGGUAGUGAAUCUAUCAGCAAUCUUCCCCUUCCGCAAGGAUCAUUGCCCGUCGGAGUAGGUAGCCAGACUGAACUACCAGUUGGGCCCUGUACCCUGAUAGAGAAAUCGAAAACCUCACAACGACCGAGAAGUAUACUGAAGACUGGUGAGGAGUCCCGCACUUGCCGCGGGAUAUGCAAAUGCCCAAGAUGCAUUUCCACUCGUGACCAGUCGGUUGCUGCAAGGGAGUUCAUUACCUCUCAGAUGAAACUGGCGGAGAACAUUACUACCAGGUUAAUUCAGGAGAUGCGAAGCAUGCGCUCCGUGGUUGAAGGCAAUCUGAAUUCUCCGUCGGAACCAGGAACAUCCACCGCAUACGAUACCGUUUCAGACAAGUCGAAGGGAGCUCUAGACCGCGCGGUCAAAAUGGAGGAUUGGGCCAUUGCUCAGAUCCUAAAAUUGAGUCGUGACAGCAAGCGCGUUUGUCGCCUCAUUGAAACAGGACCGCGAAGGACAAUCUUCGCCGAUGCAGCGGGAAGCGACCUCGAACAUGUCCGACUUUUCCCAUCAAAGAAAACUCCCCCUGGAAAGAAAAUCGCUAGUGUACUAUGAUGCUACAAAACACAGCGCAGCAUUCAUUCUACAGAUUUAUUUGAGUCGUUUCAAUGUCCAAUUGACUCACCCGAGUGCUGCGCCUCGGAACUUGUAUUCUAAACACUCUGAUUAUGAACCUCAUUAAUUGGACCUUUUUCUUUUCCCUUAUA